AUGGGGCGGGCAGGACGUAAUGUUUUGCGCUGUUUGAGCAGGACACAUUUGUGUUCUAAAUUGGUUACCUGGCGAGGUCGUCUUGCACAGGAGCACCUAAAAUUGGUUGAUGGUAGUGGUCUGUCUCACUUACCCGGGAUCAUGUUUAGGCGUUUUGACUGGCCGUUGAUUUCUGCUUUUGUUGAGAGAUGGCAGCCAGAUAUGAACACGUUUCAUAUGCCAUUUGGGGAGAUCACGAUCAUGUUGCACGAUGUGUACCAUAUUCUUGGGCUUCGUGUUGAUGGUUCCAUGGUUUCCACUAAUCUUAGCACGGACGUCAUACGGGACGCGUGCUCGGUUACCAUGGACAUGACUGCAGAAGAGCUUAAUGAGAAGUGCGGUACUAAAACCAUUUGGCAGGGUAGUGGGGUGCUGACCGAGAGGAUUAUGGACUCGACCUUGGAGGCACAGAGGCCCUUCAGUGUCCAUUACAGUGCCUACAUGUGGUUAGUACUGGGCGGAUGUCUGUUUUUGGACAAGAGUGGUAACCGUACUCAUCCGUCCUUCCUCAACGAGCUUGUUGUUGAUGAUUUUCCGAUUAAUGAGUUGUCUUGGGGUUCGGCUGCUCUAGCAUAUCUGUAUCGGCAGUUGGGUACGGCAUCAAGAAAAGAUGUCGAUUCAAUCGCUGGUUGUCUCACGCUUCUGCAGCCGUGGAUCUACGAGUACUUUCCAUGCUUCAGGCCUCAGCAGGGUGCCCUCACAAGACUUAGUGGUGGAGCUCCUACGGUCGCUCCUGGUUACAUGCAGUGGCUAUACCGAUUUUCUCAUCCUCGUCUUUUUCUUGGUGGGUCAACAGAUGGGAGUACCAGACUACCUGAGAGGACUAACACUGACUAUUGGAUGGGUCGGUCCAUGGAGAUUCACCGAAGAGCACUGGACGAGUAUCCCAACAUUUCGCGUGAAAGAAGGGCAAUGACUGAGGAGCUGAUAGUUGACUAG